CAGGUUUGUAUGCGACUCACACCGGACUAGACGGUGUGAUCAUCUGGAAAUAUUCUCACUCCGUCGAUUUUUUUUUCUUUUCUUUUUUUUUGGGGGGGUGGGGCGAUCCCACACCUGUGUCAUGUUGUUCCGCCAAAAAAUGUCGGCUUUAAAUAUCACUGAACCCCAAUCGGAUUCAAAGAAAUGAGUGGUGAAAUCAGCGCGUGGAGUGUAAAUAAAGAUUCCGACUAGCUAGCAGCUUAGCCCACCAAAUUAAGCUAGUUAGUGCGUUUAGCUAAUUCACUUUUCGGGUUUUAGAUGCUUAAAAAUCAAAUGUUUGCACUACAGUCAGUGUUAUAUAUAAACGUAGCAUUUCUAAAAGCGCAUAUGGCUGUCUUCUGCCACCUGUCGCCGUGUGUUAGCUAGAGAUCCGGGCAGCUGAUGGACGGUGUUGCGGUGAAUCUGGGCACUGGGGCGGUUAGCUUAGCGAGACAGCAAAGGACAGCACGGAUGUCGUGGCAGGCAAGUUUGUCCCUCUGGGACUCUAGUUGGUAGUGAUUACAGAUCCUAAAAACAGGGUUUGAGCUGGUCUGAUAGCAGGGACCUGAGACCUUUAGAUUCACAUCUGGCCUCCAAUCUCAUCCAGUGUUUGGCCUUGUUUGAUAGAUCCAUUUGUAUGAGCAGGCUGGGGUCUAUUUUGCUUCAUCGAUUUACGUGUACCAUAAGGCAUUUUAAACCACAUUCCCCCAGAUCCACUCUGUUCCUCUUUCGACGCGGUUGCAAAGGGAAGCGGGUCGUAGAAGUGUGUCAGAACAGGGUUGGGAUCUCCAAACGCCGUGGUGAUGACUCUGGAGUCCAUGAUGGCCUGUUGCAUGAGUGAAGAGGCGAAGGAGUCCAAAAGAAUCAACUCCGAGAUCGACAAGCAGCUCCGGAGAGACAAACGAGAUUCGAGACGAGAGCUCAAACUCCUCUUACUGGGCACGGGCGAGAGCGGCAAGAGUACGUUCAUUAAACAGAUGCGGAUCAUUCACGGGACAGGUUACACCGAUGAGGACAAGCGUGGCUUCACCAAACUCGUCUACCAGAACAUCUUCACCUCCAUGCAGGCCAUGAUCAAUGCCACCUGGCACCUCAAGAUCCCGUUCGAGAACGAAAAUAACAAGAACAAUGCUCUGCUGGUGCGAGAGGUCGACGUGGAGAAGGUUUGCUCCUUCGACCAGCCCUAUGUUAAUGCAAUAAAGAUGCUCUGGGCGGAUCAAGGCAUCCAGGAAGCCUACGACCGCAGGCGAGAGUACCAGCUCUCUGACUCCACUAAAUAUUACCUUAGCGAUUUAGAGCGUAUAUCGCUUCCGGGAUACGUGCCCAGCCAACAGGAUGUGCUGAGGGUCCGAGUGCCCACUACUGGCAUCAUAGAGUAUCCCUUUGACCUGGAGAAUAUAAUCUUCAGCUAUCUAAGUGAUUUGGACCGUAUCGCAGACCCGUCAUAUCUGCCGACUCAGCAAGACGUGCUUAGGGUUCGCAUCCCUACUACAGGGAUUAUUGAAUAUCCCUUCGACUUGCAAAGCAUCAUUUUCAGGAUGGUGGAUGUCGGAGGGCAAAGAUCAGAGCGCAGGAAGUGGAUCCACUGCUUUGAGAACGUUACGUCUAUCAUGUUCCUGGUUGCCUUGAGCGAAUAUGACCAGGUCCUUGUGGAAUCUGACAAUGAGAAUCGCAUGGAGGAAAGCAAAGCGCUGUUUCGCACAAUCAUCACCUACCCCUGGUUCAUGAACUCUUCAGUCAUUCUGUUCCUGAACAAAAAGGACCUUCUGGAAGAGAAGAUCAUGUACUCUCACCUGGUGGACUAUUUCCCUGAAUUUGAUGGUCCCCAGAGAGACGCUCAGGCUGGCCGCGAGUUCAUCCUGAAGAUGUUUGUGGACCUGAACCCAGACAGCGACAAGAUCAUCUACUCGCACUUCACCUGUGCCACAGACACCGAAAACAUCCGCUUCGUCUUCGCGGCGGUCAAGGACACCAUCCUGCAGCACAACCUGAAAGAGUACAACUUGGUGUGAGAGAGAAACCAAACGAGAGCGACACACUUGCAGCGCACACAUGGCCGAAAGCACUACACACCUCACACGCAGAAACACAUGAAUGGAAACCGUUCGGACACACCUUCACCCCCAUCAGGCACUGGAUCUUCUCAUAGUCCUCAUCUUUGCCUGUUUUUUCCUCUCUUUCUGAGUGUCGACCCCUCCAGCUGAUAGCUUUAUCAUCCAAUCUUCCUCAAACACGAAGGCUGGGCCGUUAAACCGGUGCCUGAUGAUAAAUAGCAUUCGUUUGCUCUGUAGAUGGGCUGUAGGUGGGCUCUUACUGAGGUAGGAACUUAAUGGAAACACUUUGUGGAGACCCAAUGAGUGUGCGACAUUCUUGAAGGACUUCACCUUGCAUUACUGAAUUUAACCAGGUGAUAGUUGUGCAAUCACAUGCUAUAACACUAGAGGUGGAGGUGAUUUAAUACUAUUUUAGGAGUGAAGUAUAGAGAUUUCCCAUCACUGCUUUAGUAUUUGGAAGAGAUGGCACACCAUGUGAAUUUUUCGUAAUAAGUGACAGAUAAAAUUAUUAA